AUGUCACAACUAAAACUAAAACCAUUGGACUACACGACCCGCAAUGGGUAUUCUGAUAUAAUACAGCCAUUCUUUAGAAUACCACGUGCUCGAGCGCAGCCUCACCAGGAUCAGCGCUACGGGCACCAGUGCGAGCACCGCCAGGAUGGAGGCCCAGACGCCUUCGGUGAGCGGGUAGUAGAGGCUCUGCCAGCGCGGCUUCAGGGUGGGCUUGGCCAUGCUGAAGCCCAGGGUCGCGGGCUCGAUGACGGUCGUGAAGUCGUAGAGCUCGAGGAGAUGAGGCAUGAUGGCCAGUUUCAUGGGCGACAUGAACGCGCGGCGCUCCUGCACUCGCAGGAUCACCUGAAGGGAUGGCAGGGCGGCUGGGUUACGUCACUCCGGUGGAUGCGCAUGGAAUACACACUCUGCAUCAGGCAUAACAGAAAUGGAGAAGUUGAGUGCCUGGGCCAUCGUCUCCAGCAUCGUGUAGUCCCUGCCGGCGAUCCUCUUGACGGUGCUGCCAUCUGGACGCUCGCUCUCAACCUCCAUCCAAUAUGGCGGGAAGGGGUGCACCGUCAUGUUCAGGGGUGCCCCGUAGAAACUCAAAUACAGUAUGGAAGAAAAUUAAUACUAAAAAAUAUCAAUCUGGAUUUAUAGGUUCUGAAAUACGGUAAAAGGAAUCGAGUUUUUUUUUUCUCAUCUUUAUACUUAUUAUUUUGCAACAAAACAAACAACAACCGGUACGUCCCUGAUAGCAGCUAUGCACGUGACCAACAAAUAAAACGCAGCCCCUGAACAGUCUCAAAAGCAUACAUAUGACAACGUGAGACACCCCGGACACACUACACAUAGUCUCAGGAAGAAUUUAUGUAUCGACCGCUUCAGCAUCUGUCUGACGUGGAUGUAUAAUAUAUUACGUAGAAUAUCA